ACAUGUGACGCUCGUUAGAAUCAGGAUUUCGAUUAAGUAAACAUGAUUUUUUCUAAUAUAAGUUAAUAUAUUUGUGCAUUUAUAUAACAUAUCAAUCAGUAUUAUUAUAUAUCUGAAUUAAUUUAAAAAUAUAAACAAUGAUGCGCUCGAAGCUCAUUAUUGGGAUAGUUCUAGUGUUAUGUGUGCUAGCAACAUGGCUUUUUGGCCGUCUAUACCGUGAACUGCUAAAUGCUUAUGAGCAAACAGGCACCCUCACAGACUCGGAAUACUCAUGGGUUUUCAGGCUAUUGCUAAAUCUGGUGGGUUAUUCCACAGUCCUGUUGCCGUGUUAUGUUUUAUACAAGUACCUUGAGAAGAUAAAUUACUUUGACAAAAUUUCUAAUAACUCGUGGAUCUCUCGAAUACUGUUUGCUUGCUUCUCCGAACAUGACCACAUUCCUGAGUCACUAAAACCUGUGAAAGUGGAAGAAAACCCUAAACAUGAAGGAUUGGAACUGGCCUUUUGCUUUAGUGGUCUCAUGGGCGCGUAUCUUGUGUGGGGACUACUACAGGAGAAGAUCAUGACACAGAACUACGUAAUGCCGGAUGGAUCACAUCAAAAAUUCAAUGACUCCCAGUUUUUAGUAUUCAUCAAUCGACUUCUAGGCUUUCUAAUAGCACUAGUGAGGCUACUGAGUACAGGCCAGCAGGUCAUAGCGGCCCCGCUCUACAAGUUCUCCUACUGCUCGCUCACCAACAUCAUCAGCGCUUGGUGCCAGUACGAAGCACUUAAAUAUGUCAGCUUUCCGACUCAGGUGCUGUCGAAGUCGUGCAAGGUAAUCCCGGUGAUGCUGAUGGGCAAGCUGAUCUCGCGCAACAAGUACGAGGGCUACGAGUACGGCACGGCCGUGCUGAUCUCGGUGGGCAUGGCGCUGUUCCUGCUGGGCGGCGCGGGCGGCGCGGGGGGUGCGGGGGGCGCGGGCGGCGCGUGGGCGGGCCCGAGCGCGGCGGGCGCGGCGCUGCUGGCGCUCUACAUGUGCUGCGACAGCUUCACGUCGUCGUGGCAGGGCGCGCUGUUCCGCCGCCACGCGCUGCGCCCGCUGCAGAUGCUCUGCGCCGUCAACCUCUGCUCGUGCGCGCUCUCCGCCGCCGCGCUGCUGCACCGCGCGCCCCCCUCCGCCGCGCUGCUGCACCACCCGAUGUUCGUGUCGGACUGCCUGCUGCUGUCGGCGAGCUCGGCGGUGGGGCAGCUGCUCAUCUACCGCACCAUCGCGCGCUUCGGUCCGGUGCUCUUCACCAUCAUCAUGACGCUCAGACAGGCGGUGUCGAUCCUGAUCUCGUGCGCGGUGUACGGGCACUCCAUCUCGGCGGAAGGCUGCGCGGGCGUGGUGCUGGUGUUCGCGGCCGUGUUCCUGCGGAUCUACUGGCGGAAGAGGAAGCCGGCCGCCAUCAAAUAAACUCCAAAAGUCCAUUAUUAUCGAGUUGUGAGCUUAGCGACUGUAUAGACAUGUCCCGGUCUUAUUGAAAUAUGGUGACUAGACUGACUUAGUGGUACCACUUAUAUUUGUAGAUAUACUGUCAAGAAAAAGUGUUUUCGUAAAUUUAUUUUAAACAAUACAUUCAAAGUCCUUUAAUUUUAUUAUAAACAUAGACACUAUUUGACAAUGUUAGCUUUUGUAUAUAGUGAAGUUUAAAUCUGGCGCAUUCACGGUAUUGUAAUUGUAUAAUUAUAUGAUUUGUAAUCUAUACAAGCGCACAACACUACAACUACUUUAUUGACAUUUAUAUGAGUGAAAAUAUUUUUCUUAUACAAGUUUAUUUUAGUGAGCGCAAGCAUUAUUUAUUGGUACUAAAAGACGACGACAAUGAUUGUACUUCUAGUGACCUAAGAUUCGAAUAUUUGUAGAUAUUUCUAAUAAUGUUAAUGUGUUUUAACAUUCUCCGAUACGACGCGUUACUAUACUACGGUACGGUACUACAGUGUGCCCAUAACUAUUAAUGUACAGAAAAUAUAACGAAAAUUUGAAAUGUCCAAUCUUUCCAUCCAUCUUUUAUUCUGUAUCCACAAUAAGACAUUCAACUCAAAUACUCGUACGUCCAAAGUCCGCCGAGGCAAUCCUGCCUCUACCACAGGCCCUACUUACUAACUAAUCUUACGUACUUCCCCUUUUUUUCAUAAUAAUUACUGUCGUUGCUGUACUGCAAAUAUAUUUCAAAGCAAUAAUUACUCAUUUAAUAAAAUUAUUUUAACUUAUAAUACUAGUUAAUUAUGGAUUAUGGCAACCAUUACAUUACAGAUGAAACAGCGUCAGGGGAAACUUGCCAAGCAAAUUUUCCGAUUGUGUAAAUGCUAGACGGCUUUAGUGUCCUGUGUUUAGUACCCUACUAGACCAUCGGAUUAAGAGCCUUCUCAGCCCCAUUGUCAUCGUCAUUCUGACGACAUAUUUGAUGGUGCCUAAUGCCUCGACAGUCGCACCGUUUCGUCGACGUGUAAUGUGUAGGAAGCAACACCAACAUUUGUGCAGAGUGGACAGGCACGCACGAGCGUACGACUGUCGGUCCGCAUUCCGCUAUCGGAGAAUGUGAGAACGCUUUAACAUGAACAUAUGGAUUGUACGUUGAUUUUGUAACGUUAUACUCGAAUACGUACAUCUCGUAGCUGUUAUAUAAUGAAGUAGAGUUGUGUACAUAUCUGGGAAUAUGUGGAAUAAAUAUUUAUAACAUUU